AUGGCUUCCGACAAGCUCAAUGACACCAAUCUGGAGGAUGGACUGCUGACUGUCGUUUCCGAUGAGAAGAGGACCCUCAUGACGAACACACCCACGUCGCCCUCGACACAAACCCCCAGGCCCAACAGGAUGGCACGAGCCUGCCGCCUCACGGCUACCUUUGCCGUGUGCCUCUUCAUCGGUUAUGGUUUGACCUCCGCUGUCGUUCCAUCCAUGAGGUGUACAGGACACCAUGCCCACGGCGCUGCCGCUGGUCCGCCUUCUCUUUCCGAGUCGCAGAUGGAGCUGUCUCAACAGGUCGCCAAGGCCGUCAAGGCGGCAGAGCCCGAGUCUCUUCACCGCUUGGUGGAGGCGUACAUCCACGCAGAGGUCAAGGAGGGUGAGUCUGUUCAGGAAGACCUCUCGACGGCUGGUGCUCGCCUUGCCCGGCGUCAAGACAACCUGACGUCGGAUAUCCCUGCGAGUCCGUCGGCGUCGGUUGGCUCUCCUACAGCAUCACCUUCCGGUCCUGCCUCCCAGCCCACACCAUCAGGCUCGCCAACCGUCUCUGUCCAGCCCUCAUCUCCUACCCAGAACCCUGUGCCCUCGACUCCCACGACAUCGAACACGCCUAGUGUGCCCAGCACGACUCCGGCGCCCGCUCCUUCGACGCAGCCCCAGACCACGACAACGACUUCUUCGCAGCCGGCACCGUCGUCGUCGUCAGCUGCGGUGCCGACAACCACUCAGCCGGCACCCUCUUCUUCGACCAGCACGACAGUCACCUCAGCAGCAGCUCCUACUUCAGAUUCUGGUACGUCUACGUCGGAAGAGCCUCCCCAGACUCCUUCUACAUCUUCUACUGCUCCCGUCACCACUUCUACUACUUCCUUGACUUCCAUCCUGUCGUCUGAGGGACCAUCUGUGGUCACGCCAACGUCUUCUUCUCGUGUGCCAACGUCCGUGGUAGAAUCGUCAUCCGCAGUAUCCUCCCAGUCUACAUCCACCACUAGGAGAACUACUACGACCGCCGACGAAACCACAACUCGUGGUGAGACGACCACCAGCACCACUCGUCGCCCCACAUCAUCGAGCGCAGUGGUGACGACCCGCACCUCGACCGAGGCCGACGGCGACAUCACCCUCGUCACCGAGACGUCAUACGUCGGUGUUGAGCCGACAGCCCAGGCCACCUCGGACUCCAACUCGGAUGACGCCGAUCUGCAGAACGCGGCACCUCGCAUGAGCACCAGCGCCCUCGCUCUUUUCGGUGCCUUGGCCGCCGGCAUGAUGCUUCUGUAAAUCCAGACAGGAAGCGCAGCUCGUCGAGCUUUUUGAUUUCCCGCGAUCCCUCACUCGUGUGGCCAGGGCAUUCAUUGUUCCGAAGGCCCCGCUGUGGAAGGGCCACCAAAACCAACAUUCGAUGUAUCAGCAUUCAUAAUCGUCACGACUAUAACGGCAGUUCACUCCUUUUGCAUACAUCAACCGGCGUAAUCAACAUAGCACAGAUCGUUUUUACAUAGAACUGGCACGAGGAGAGUAAUCUCGUGUCUCGGGGCCGAACGGUAUUUGAAUUUGGAAGGGCUGGUAUACGGGUUGCCCAGGAAGAUAGAAGGUCAUGGGAGAGAAGAGGCUUCAAAUGAACAAUGAUAGCCUUUGAAG